AUGGCGUUGCGCCAAGUCCGCUUGCUCGCGGCGAGGGCCGCCGCCCUACCCGCCUCCCUGCGCCAGCGACCCAGCCGAUCGCCGCUCUCCGCUCCGUCGCGGGCCCAGACCCAGACGGCGGCGUCGGCCUCGUCCUGGGCCAUCCUGGGCAGCAUCCCGCGGGUCGCCGCCACCGACGCCGCCGACGUCUCCCUCGCGCUCACGCCGCCCCCGCGCGUCUCCAUCCUCACCGUCUCCCCGCGCGUCUUCCCGGAGCCCGUCACGCCGCAGCACUUCCCCUUCGUCCUCGCCGCCGACCCCUCCGGCCUCCUCCUCCUCCAGGCCACCCUGGGCCGCCCCUGGACCCGCGAGGCCACCCUAGGCCCCGACGGCUACUUCAAGUCCGUCACCUGGCACAACUCCCUCCCGCGCUACUUCGUGCUCGACCCCGCCGCCGCCUCCGCGUUCCAGCUCCCCGACCCCGACGACGCCAUCCUGCCCCAGGCCCUCCUCGGCCUCAUCGCCUCCCCCGCCGGCUACAUGGUCGCCGAGCUGCGGCCCCUCAUCGGCAGCGACAAGGCCACGCUCCUCUGCUUCUCGUCCGAGACGGGGAAGUGGGUCAGCAAGCCCGUCCACUACCCGCUCCCGCCCCGCCACCUGGCGCCCAUCAACGUGCUCUCGCUCCACGGGCGGCUCUGGUGGGUCGACCUCGAGUGGGGCGUCAUCACCAGCGACCCCUUCGCCGACCACCCGGUCCUCCGCUUCGUGCCCUUCCCGCCGGACAGGGUGCUCGGCUGCAGGGAAGCAUGGGGCGUGGCCGACAUCUACCGUUGCGUCGGGGUCAGCGCCGGCAAGCUCAGGUUCGUCGACACCAUGUACAUGGGCCCCAUCAUCGGCGGCACGCCCGACAUCACCGUGUGGACGCUGCCCGGCCCGGACGCCACGGAGUGGACGCUGGAGCACCAGGUGAGCUUUGGAGACAUCUGGGCCGACGACAGCUACAAGGCCACCGGGCUGCCCAUCGACAUCCCCGCGCUCGCGCUCAUCCAUCCCGACGACCCCGACAUCGUCUACUUCUUCCUGGAGGAACACAUCUUCGCCGUCGACGUGCGUGCCCGCAAGGUUGUCGACUGCAAGGUCUACCAUCUGGUUGCGCCGCCCAGGUGCAAGGUCGCCAGCCGCUUCGUUCGUGCUUGGAAGCUUCCGCACCCACUUCCCUCAGGUUUAUAUCCUCAUCUCAUUCUCCGUUCUAGGUUCCGGCUCUAG